GUAUUGGCUAUAUGCUGCUGUCAAACUUAGAUGCUUGCUAGUGACAAAUGAUGAAAUGCGAGAUCACAUUUUCGAACUACUAGGAAGUGACUUCUUUAUCAAGUGGAAAGAAAGACAUCAAGUUCGAUAUACUUUUGUCAAAGGGAACCUGGAACUUCAAAUGCCGCCUUUGUUUUCAAUAGUUAUCCAGGAAUCAGAAAAAGGAUCAUGGCAUGUGCCUGUAGCGGGUAAUAAUGAUUCUCUGCAAAACUGGCUGUGCAUUUCCAGGCCAAGAGCUUGUGAUGCUCUUGAAGAAGAUUCGUGCAUGGAAGAGUCAAAAGACAGUAAUGAUAUUUGCUGCAAUAGUAAAUUACUGAGCUUUGACAGACCAGAAAGUCUUACAAGUUGCAAAAAUAAACUCCAAAGCCAAGCUUCUUUUCAGGAAUCUGAUAAUAAAAUCACAGCUCUGACGAGCAAAAGGAAAGAGAGGUCCCCAUCUCCUUCCUAG